AUGGGGGUGGGCAGGCUUCUGAUCAAAGAAAAAAGAACUAGGAAAACAGGAUUGGGUAAGCGUAAGCUCCGGCUGAUUGAUGAUGAUGCGAACCAAAAAACCUGUAAAAGAUUGUCAAUUACAGAUCUCCCAGAUGACUGUCUAAGCCAUGUAUAUAAGAGACUAAAAUUGGGUACUGACAUUAGUUCCUUUGGUUUGGUUUUCCGUCAUUGGCUUCGUAUUCAGAACACUAAUCAUGAAUCCUUAUGGGAUCUAGCUAAUUUUAAAUGUAGCUUACGUAAAUCCCCAAAUAUUGGUCAGGAAAGCUUUUCUAUAAUUCUUUGCAAGUUGUUGAUUCGAUUCCGACACCUCAAAAGUUUGUCUCUAAGCCGUCUCCCUGAGGUAACAGAAUAUGUUAUAUCACAUUUACAAUUGUUUGGAAUAGAAGUUAUGUUUGAUAUUUCUAAUUAUUCACAUAAGAAGUUAUGUUUGAUAUUUUCUUCUUUGCCUCAUUUGACAUUUGUACGUUUGAGCGGUACUCUAAUUACUGAUAAAGGUUUAGAAGUCCUAUCAAAAUGUUGUGUAUCCUUGGGGAACGUCGACUUCACAGACUGUCAAAGGAUUACUGAUUCAGGAAUAAGUUUUCUAAUACAAAACUGCUCAAAACUCCAUUCAACUGUAGUUUCAGAUUGCAGCAGUAUUACUGGUAUUGGUUUUCUUGGUUGUCCAAAGACCUUGACAAAGGUUUGGGCACUACGCGUGCCUAAACUUACAACAGAGGGGAUUAAAGCCAUUCUGAGUGGAGGUGGGAUUCAAACUCUAGGUCUAUUAGGAAAUGCAAUUAUUGUUGGCGCAAUGCGGAAAUGUGAUGGGUUUAUGGAAAUGAAGUUAGGAAGAGAGUUUGGUUAA